AUGGUAGGCCACUUCGAACCCGACCCGGAACUAUGUCGUCAGUAUGCACAAUUUGCGUCGAGCCUGGAGCGGUGGCAGUUCAAGAGCAUAUACUGGGCUAUGUUUGGAACAAACCUCAUCAUCCUGUUCCUUGCUUCGUGGAUAUACACAAAAGGACAGCAAGUCUUGGAACGGGUUUCUCUACAGAGUGAAAAACGGGCGAGGACAUUGCGGACAUAUAUCCUUCUCUGCGCCGGUUGCGUUGCAGUGUCAACAGUCGUCGUCGUCAUGGAGGCGUUUGCGCUCCUGGCGCUCCAGUUCUGCGAUGGCGAGGACCUCAUGUCGCUCUACUGGUCGACCUGGACCAUGAUUCAGAUUGGGUCCUUGAUCGCCAUGGUGGGCAUCAUCCUCGCCCUGCUGCAUUCUUUGUGGGACAGCAAACACCCUCCAUGGGCGCUUGCCCUGGGAACGCCGGUUCUCGUGAUUGCCGGAGUGCUUCAUCUCUUCCAUGACUGCACAAGGACGAGGAUCAAGAAAAUGCGACGCAGGUCGUCGGGCUUGAAUGGAAGUGGUCCAUCGAUGAGGAAAGAAGACACGAUGGAAACGGCGCGCGACAUGGACUCGUCGGGCGAAGACACGUACAACAAGCUGCAAGUCGAGUUCAUCGGGUCGACCGUUGACGGAGGCCCCAUUGUGCGAUUUCUUAGGCCCCUGCCCAAGUCGAUGCGUCACCAAGGAGACAUUCUCGGAUACAGCGACGAUGACCGGCCGAUUAUGGCGUAUCGCAAGGGCGUCAUCACGUUUGCGCCGGACCCGGAGUCGCCAGGACCAAGCAAGGAAGCCCGGAGCGACCUAACAGAGCGAUGA